AUGUCGGUGGCAGGAAAAGUCGCAAUAGUGACGGGUGGGGGUAGGGGACUGGGCCGGCUGUAUGCCUUGAGCCUGGCUAGACGAGGGGCCAAAGUGCUUGUGAACGACUACGGCGGCGACCUUGAAGGCGCACCGGGAACCAUCGCCGUUGCGCAAGCUGUCGUGGACGAAAUCCGGGCGCACGGAGGCGUCGCCAUCGCGCACGGCGGGGAUGUCGCCACAGACUCCAAGGACAUCGUGGACACGGCGGUGAGAGAGUUUGGCACCGUGCACAUCGUGAUCAACAACGCCGGGAUCAUGGGCAAGCUUUCGUCUCACGACAACGUCGAUCCGGCUUCCUUCAUGCGCGUCCUGGAGAUCUCAGUGCUGGGGACGGCCAUGAUGACCAGCGCCGUGUACGCGGUCAUGGCGCAGCAGAAAUACGGUCGAAUCGUCAACGCCUCGUCGAACGCUAUGUAUGGCUUGGGAUCGGGAGGCGAUUGCGCAUACACGGCGGCCAAGGCAGCCGUCUUUGGAAUGACGAGGCAGCUAGGUCGCUGGUCGGUCCGCGACGGCAUCAAGAUCAACUGCACCAUGACCGCGGCGUCGUCGAGGAUGGCAGACCUGUCCGAAAGCACCAAGGCUGUCACGAGGACUUAUUUUCCAGCAGAGGGUUGUGUACCCUUCACCAUCGCGCUUUGCUCUGAAGAGUGUCCGUGUUCGGGCGAGGUGUUUUCGACGGGCGCAAACCGUGCGGCACGAGAGACUCUGGCCACGUUUCCGGGCCUGCAGGCCGCAACGCCGGAAGAAUUCCUCAGGGGCUGGGACAAGGUCAUGGGCACCGGGGACGAGCCGUACUUGGCUGAAAGCACUCUCGACCAGGUCAAAUAUGUCAUUCGUCAGGCACAUGGCACUGAGAUGGCUGAUAUUGCCGACUUUGGCCCUGGGAAACACUAG